UCUGCCAUGGGGGCCGGCGUGCGGUGGUGGGAGGAGGAGCUCUCGUAGUGGAGGCUCGCUGGAGUUUAAAUUAAUGUCAACCUGACUGCUUGCCGGUAGAACAAACCCCUGCGCGGAUAGUGAAAGUGGGAGCGGAUAGAAGCUUUUGUGAGGCAGCACACCGGGGGAAGUGACUGACAUGACUCGGCGGCCGAGGAACAGUGUUUACAGCAGUGAGGAGGAUGAGGAGGAGACUGAGAUGUAUGAUCACGAUUACGACGGCACAAUGGUAAAGCCCGGUAAACGGCAGCUUGGGAAAACGCGCUGGACAAGGGAGGAGGAUGAGAAGUUGAAGAAGCUCGUCGAGCUUCACGGAUCAGAAGACUGGAAAGUCAUCGCAAGUUUACUAUCUAACCGUACGGAUGUGCAGUGUCAGCACAGAUGGCAAAAGGUUCUCAACCCAGAGCUAAUCAAAGGGCCCUGGACCAAAGAAGAAGACCAGCGGGUGAUAGAGCUGGUUCAAAAGUACGGUGCUAAGCGCUGGUCGGUCAUCGCCAAGCACCUGAAGGGGCGCAUCGGCAAGCAGUGCCGCGAGCGAUGGCACAACCACCUCAACCCAGAGGUGAAGAAGACCUCGUGGACCGAAGAGGAGGACCGCAUCAUCUACCAGGCACACGAGAAGCUGGGCAACCGCUGGGCUGAGAUUGCGAAGCUUCUCCCUGGCAGGACGGACAACGCCAUCAAGAACCACUGGAACUCCACCAUGAGGCGCAAGGUGGAGCAGGAGGGCUACCUGCAGAGCGCGGCCAAGGGCGUCGGCUCGCCGCUCUCGGUCGGCCACGGCUACACCAAGCCCAGCUCCCACCUCAUGGCGUUCCCGCAUCAAUCACCCAGUCACACGCAGCUUCCUGCCACGUCGCCGCUCAGCUACUCGUACAUGUCAGACGCACAGAGAGUGCCCUUUCCUUUGGCCUUGCACUUCCUGAGCAUCCCCCAGCACAGAACCACCGCUAAACAGAGACACUACGGUGAGGAGGACCCUGAUAAGGAGAAGAGGGUGAAAGAGAUCGAACUGCUGCUCAUGUCGACAGAGAACGAGCUGAGAGGCCAGCCAUCACUACCAAUCAACUUGCCUUAUCCAAGCUGGGCCAGCCAGAGCCCUUUGACCCACACCUUAGAGGGCGUGGCCAUGUCAUUACCUCAUCACCAGGCCGCCGCUCCGGCCCUGCCUUUGGAUCAGAGUUGCCUGCCCGAGGGGAGCGCCUCUGGUUCGCCUGGCGACGGCAACGAUGACACCAACGCCAUCCAGUCUGUGCUUGACUUGACCUUCGCCUCAGUGAGUGAGGCCGGUACCGGCGGUAUCUUGGAAAAGAGCACUCUCAAAACAAACUCGUUCCUCUGCUCAACUCCCAAGUCCUCGGCUGUCAAAAGGCUUCCCUUUUCACCCUGGCAGUUUCUCAACCAGUCCAUGAGCCCAGAACACUCGGACAGCGAGCACCUUCCGCUGAGCUCGCCCGUGGACGCCAAGCCCCUCCCAGACAACGCCGUCAGACCUCAGAAGGAGAAUGACAUGUUCAGAACUCCGAACAUCCGCCGUUCCAUCCUGGAGUCGUCACCUCGCACACCCACGCCUUUCAGGUCCGCCUUGGCCCUGCAGGAGGCCAAGUAUGGGCCGCUCAAAAUGCUGAAUGCUCCUUUGGAUCAGCAGCAUGUGGACACCAUCAAGCAGGAGCCGAUGGAGUGCGCCAUUGAGCACCCGCCUCUGAAGAAGAUCAAACAAGAGGUGGAGUCGCCAUGUGAGAGGAGUCCAUACAUGCAAUGGGAAGGACAGGACCUUCACACACAGCUCUUCUCACCAAAUGGGGCCGCACAGGAAGUGCCAGACUUGAUUACAAGCUCGCUACUGAGUGAAGACGCACACAAAACCUACCACCUCCCUCUCAGGGCCGCCGACAGCCAACUACCGCCGCUCAACUCCUGGGGCAAAGCGGAGGAUCACAUCCUGGUGGCCGAGCAGAGCCACAAGUACAUCAACGCCUUCCCGACGAGGACGCUGGUCGUGUAGACGUCACCCCAUGAUGAUGAUGAUGGUCAUAUUUGUUGUGGUACAACAGUUGGGAGGGGCUCCACACCACUGGUCAGCCAACCAAAGACUAUAUAUUAUUUUCAUAUAUAGAGAAUUGCUUUCGUUUUUUUUAUACGUUUGGUCUUGUUGUCUAUGUUUGCGUCAUAAACGGGGGUAACUAUAUCUUUGGCAACGGGCUUUAUUGUUCAUUCUGAAUUUCUGAUAUUAAUAUAAAGAACAAGUUGAUUAAUUUAUUUGCUGUUUGACAUGUUUUUAUUUUCAACAAUUGGCCAAUGGAGCAGUGUUGGAAGAUAAAGUAUUUAAGCCCUCUUAGCAUUAUCCAGUUGCAUCUUCAUGCAUUGAAAACUGACCUGUUUAUUAUUUUUUAUUUUUCAAAAGGCUGUAAUGGGUCUACUGAAAAUUUCAAGUGUUUGGUGCGUGUGCCAAUGUAAAACACUUCAAACUACUGAACAAGCUGUAUAGUAUAUCAGUCACGUUUUACGCAGCAGAAAGAGACAACCUUCCUAGUAUUAACCGUUUACCACAUUGUCACCUUUUUCAAUUUCACACGUUCCAUGAACAAACAUCUAUGUAUCUAUACAGUAUAUAUCCAUAUGUUGGUUUGUUUAUCAAAUGAGCCUAUUCUGUGUGAAACCACAAGCUUCAUCCAGAUAUCAAAAUGCACUUGAAUUUUCUAAAUUUUAAAGAAAAAAACAAAAAACAGAGUACUAAACACUGAUAUUUUAUGACAAGUCUGGCAGCGACUGUGCAUGGUAUGCUGCCGGUGUUGUUUUUUUCAACAUUUCUUUCAAUAGUUUUGUGUAUCCAAUCAGCAUUUUAUUUUCUUUACCAAAGACUGCAGUAGCCCAUUUCAAACACUUAGGCGGUCAUUUUGUUUUUUGUUUUUAAGAAAAAUACAUGUUUUAUACGUUGUUUCAUACUAGCUUGUGUGCUAAAAUGAUUGUUUAUGAAAGCUUUUAUCAGCCAAGUUUUCACAUUUUUUAUACUUUUCCAUACUGCCUAGUAAAUAAAGUGUGUUUUUUUAUUACAA